AGGGCAUGCAGAGGUCGUGUUGUGCUUCUGGUUUUUGUUUUCUUUUUUUCCUGCUCGUGUUGUAGCUAGGCAGGACUCGUGAUGUGAUGGCUUUCCUCAGUUUGUUCAUGAGAAGACGGUUGUCGCCGGCCGUGUCCCACUUCGCCCGGGCGGUGAAGCUGGUCCGGCCUCCGUGCGCCGAUGCCCCGGUGCGGAGGCUGCACGGCUCGUCGCGGCUGCGGGUCGGAGAGAAGGGACCGUGGGGGAAGAGCCGGGGGCCGGAGCAGCAGUACCAGCUCACAGACCUCGACAAGGCGGACGCUUUGAUGCUGAGAAAGUCCCACGAGACAGGAUUCCUCUCGUGGUUCAGGAACGGUCUGCUGGCAACAGGCAUCGGAGUCAUCGCGUUCGUCCAGAGUGAAGUUGGACGGGAAGCAGGAUACGCCUUCUUCGUCCUGGGAGGUGUGUGUGUGUCGUUCGGCAGCGCCUCGUACAUCGGCAGCAUCUUCGCCUUCCGGAGGAUGAUGCUGCUGUCUGUGCCGGCGCUGCUGCUCCAAAGCGCGGUGGUGGGCAGCAUCGCCCUCUUCUGGCUCUGCGCGGUAUCCCUCUACAUCGGCCGCCUGGAGGUGGAGAUCAUCCACGAGGAGGAGGAGGGGGAGGACGAGGAAGAGUGCCGGGAGUGCCGCGAGAGGCGCGCACACCGGGGCUACCGCGGCUCCCACGACAGUGAGGACAGUGACGGCAAUGGGCCGAACAAGUAGAUGCGUCGGAUGGAGAGUGGAAAAGGGUGUGUGUGUGUGUGUGUGUGUUGCUUUGAUUCAGGGUUUCCCUUUAUAUAUGUAUGUGUGUGUGAGUGUAUGAGUGAGAGAUGUAAAGAUUGUUAAGGUGAAGACUUUUAGACCUUAACAAUAAUCUGGUGAGAAAAGUCUGAAAUUUCUGGUAGUUUGACUACAUUCAUUACUGGUGAAUAAAUUAGCUUUUUUUUGGUAAGAUUUCUUUUAAUCAGACACAAAAAAAAGCUGCUUCACUUACGUUAUCGAUCUGUCUGAAAACUGCAUUGAUUUUUUUUUCUGUUUUUAUUUUAUUUUAAAUCCUCACCGUCACAGACGUGCUGCAUCAGUCUCACUGAGAGCACCCUGUUUGCUCAGUCACACGUCUCGCUGCACUGUAUGCAAUCCUGCUGCUCGUUUUAUCGUCUCGUUCAACAUGAUUAACUGUGAUCGAAUACUUGAAGUUUUCAUGGAAGUCUUGAACUAAAACUAGCUGGUUGCGAUGUGCUGUGGGCUCUAGAAAGAAUCAACGUACUAUGUGCAGGUUUUUCUUUGUUUUUCAUUGCAAAUCACUGAGGGCUUAGAAUAUAUUUUUUACAGAGGUUUGAGUUACCCUGUCGAGUUAAUUUGUUUUGAAGGGCGGGGCACUUUUUGUUUGUCAUUACAGUAACUCUGGACUUUUGGAAACAGUAUUUUUCACAGCUUUUUCUGUGGUUAUAUAUUUUGCUCUGUAUUGUUGAGUACCUGAAUGCAACCAUUUUACCUUUUGAGUGAAUUUUACACCAUCUGGUGAUCACUACAAUUGCUGUCUUAAUGGAUGUAAAGAGUAUCUGAUAGUAUGGGAAAGCUGAUGAUAUUGAGUUUCUGUGUGGGAUUGGGGUUCACUAUUGUUUGCUUUUUUUAUUGUUUGCACAACUUUUAAUGCACCCUACUGUUCAUACAGUAAUAAAGCAAGAAGUCAUC